AUUUUAGUGCUAGAUUUCAAAUAAGAGUUGAAAUCCCCAAACCCCCAAAUCCAAAACCCUCUCCGCCAAUCUUCCCGCCCGCACUACUCCACUUGCAGCUCCCUACAAUGUCCAUCUCCGCCGCCAUCGAACGAACUCUAUUCAAAGACAAAGACGGCGGAGGCGGAGGCGGAGGAUUCCACACUACCAUCAUCAAGCACCGCUUCUUAAGCUUCUUAAUUUGGCAAUCCCUCCAAUCGACCUUCCUACUUUUCCUCUCAAAACCCCUUUUCCUUUCUCCCUUUACUACAAACCCUUUUCGUCCCACUUUCCUAUCCCUCGUCUUCUUCCUUUCCUUCCAUUUCUCCCUCCUUCUCUUCUCCAUUUCCCUCUUCUUCAUCUCCUCCCCCCAUCCCUUGCCUUUCGCUUCCCCUUUUGAAAUAUCCCUUUCGUUUAUUCGCCUAAUUUUGGUAUCUGGAGGUGACCAGUGUGUGUUGAGGAGGAGGGUCAGAGUUUCGUUGACCUUCGUGUUGUUUGUAAGCCUUUGUGCUGUGGCAGGGGCGGUAUCGGUCAUUUGUGUGUGCUGGGGCUGUGACCUUUAUUAUAACGUCGAGUUGAGGUCAAAAAGAGAUGUUGCGUUCGGGAUUUUGGGAUUUAGGGGCUUCGUCAUCGGUUUGUUUUACGGGUUGCAUUAUGUAUACAGGCAGCGAUGGGUCCUGCGGUUUCCGAUUAUUCAGCGCCCUCCUUUCUUCAGCUUCAAGAUGGGGCUUCCCUUAUCUGUUGGGCAGGCUUUAAAGUUUUCUGCUGUUGGUUGUGCAAUAUCAGGAGUACUAGCUUUUUUCCUGCCUACUGAAUACAGAAGUCAAGGUUCAGUUGGGAAGUUCAUUGCUGAGCAGAUCAUUUCCUAUAUUGGGAGUUUUGUAGUAGUUCUUUGUUGGGAAUUGAGCCAUCACUUACACCAGGUGCUACAUACUAAGAGGUUUGUAUUUGCACCCCACAAAGGAUCAGCAGCUGCAGAAACAAAUCCAAGUGAGCCACUUCUAGCCACCCUAGAGGAAAGCACACCAAAGUCGCUUUUGCAAUACCUUGCUUACCUAGAUCUCUGUAUGGUGUGCGAAAACAAUGUUGAUACAUGGCGGCGAGCAGCAUUCUUUGAGGAGACUGGUGAGACGUAUAGAAGAGUUAUAGCUUCAUGCCUGCGGCCUCUGGACCAGUUUACUCAAAAACUAGCUGAAGGUCUAGAGAGCUCUUCAGCUGAAAAGCCAUUGCAAUUAGCUGAUCAGUUAAGUGCACCUACAGAUCGGCUUGCAGUUUUGAAACUCUAUGAAUCAUUUCAUGACUUCCAGUUAUGUGCAUGGUGUGCCCGGAUUGUUGCUUCACUAACUGCACGGUCUCUUAAGGAGGAUAGGUUUGGUGUUGCUCAACUCUCAGGAAGCAAUGCUGCUGUAAUCUCAACAUUGUUAUCUACUUUAUUAGCUGUUGAAACUCUCAUGGGGAAGAAGACCAAUAUACAGAAUGCACAUUUCAUGGGACCUGCAGGAAUCAAAUGGGCCACCAUAAACACUGGGAGAAGAGAGUCUACAUCUGGUGCCAUGGGGAAAAUAAGAGGAAGUCCACUGUACGCCAAAGCAUAUUCGUUGGCUGAUGUACUGAAAACUUCAAUUUACUGCAUCGUCUCUGCUUUUCAUAAUGAGAUGCUGAACAGUGGGAAAGCAGGGCUUCUUGAGAAGGACUGGAUCAUUAGUGGUAAGCCUCUAUAUGGAACCCAUGAACUCCUUCUACAUAAAUUGCGACUUUUCUUGGAUUUUCAGGCGAGCUAAUGCCUCAAACUCGUGCUCUAACAUCUUUAUCCUUGUGGAGUCAUAUCUAAAGAGGUCAUUCUUGCUCAGAAGUCCUCUUAAGAUGAGCAAGACAUGGCUGAGAAUUUCAUUUUUGCUCUAGAAAGAAAGUACUUGUAUCAAAACUCGUAUGCUGGAACCUUUGUAGAGUGUUUGCUAAUAUAUUGUAACACUAUGUCGAAUUUAAAGAUCUGUGAAAGAAGGAAAAAGGAAAAAUGGGAAAAGGGUUCAUCAUCA